ACGAAUCGGUUUUGUUUAUGUUAUGCUUAUGCUAUCUGCAGUUUGUAGCGAAAUUUCCAGUAAAUCUGAAUCAGAAAAAAUUAGUAAAAUAAGUCAAAUGUUUGUGAUGAAAACCAGUUCUGUUCAAUGAAGUAGUGUUUAGUAAGAUCAAAUCGGUGUAUCGAGUACGAAACCUACGAUGGAAUACAAUUUUCAAAUGAAUUUUGACACGCUCUGUCGGAUCUGUAUGGAGGAAAUUUCAAUUGAAUCUUCAGAAAACAUUUACGCUCAAAUCAAUUCAACUCAUUCGUCUAGUCUGUUUGAUAUGCUCAGAUUAAUAUGUUCCACAGUAUUCAUUAAACAUGAGAACAUAGAACAUUUACCACGCAAUGUGUGUAUAGCUUGUAGAAAGAGUAUUAUAAAGGCAUAUAAUUUACAUCAAGUUUGUGUUGAGACUGAUCGUAAAUUACGAGAAAUUUAUUUCACGAGCCAGAAAAAGCUAGAUGGUACAGCUAACCACAAAGAUAAUACCAUUGUAAAUUGCGAUGGCAUGAAUAACAUUUUAGAGUUGUACUUAAAAGCAGAACCUGAAGUGACUCCAGAAACAAUCGAAGAAUCUGAUACAGCAAGCGGUACUAAACCAACUACUAAAGAAUUGAAAAAACUAGAAACGGAAAAAAUACGAUGUAUCAUUUGUACAAUAGACUUUGAUACAAGCGAAUGUUUAGAAAAGCACCGCAAACACGUUCAUUCUGAUGGUUUUGAAGUUCAAGAAAAUGUGCAAACAGUUGAUAAACCGACCUGUCCAGUUUGUACUAAAAUUUUCGCUAAUUCACGUUCAUUACGAAGGCACCACCGGAAGUUUCAUUCCGGAAAACCAGUUGCUUCCGAAGGAAAGCGUCAGGCAGUUAGUCGAGAACAUACAUGCCAACAGUGUGAGAAGAAAUUUAGAACAUCCGUUGGACUACGGGACCACCUCAAACGCCAUUCAGCAAAUCAUCCUUAUCUUUGUACCAUUUGUGGUAAAGGAUUCAGAGAUAACAGUAAUCUGAGGCAACAUUUCCUAAGACACACGGGAAAUAAACCUUUCGCCUGCGAACAGUGUCCUUCCAAGUUCUAUACAAAAGCAGAAAAGAAUGCCCACUUGGUGACUCAUACGGGUGAAAAACGGUGGGCUUGUGAUAUAUGUGGAUCUAGCUUCACGAUGCGAUAUUCGCUAAAUAAACAUAAGCGAAUUCACUCAGGACAUCGUCCCCAUGCGUGCGAGUUUUGUGAUUUAAGGUUUGCUGCAAGUGACCAUUUGAAACGACACAUGCGUAUUCAUACCGGUGAGAGACCUUAUAAGUGCCAAUUUUGCGACCGCUCGUACUCUCAGUCGAACGACUUAGUGAAACACUGCCGUACUCAUCUAGGAACGGAUAAUCUUUAUCAAUGUGAUCGUUGCGAGGCAAGCUUUCGGUUACUAACAGAGCUACGGAAUCACUACCAAGUCCAUUUUGCAAGUGACGGCAAAGACAGCGGCCAAGAAUGGGACUCUAUACAACUGCAGUUCAACAGUGCUAGUUUCCUACAGAAACGAUUUCAGGAGGAGCAGCAACGUAAAGACAAAGGAGAAAUUGUCAGUUCCAUUCCAGCUAAUAUCGGGGCAACUCCGCUUGCUAAAAGUGACCAGUAUCAAUAAAUAACUUUUUGAUGGUGCGUUGAUUGCAGUGAUAAAUACUGGUUUGGAUGUAUAAUAAACUUUUCAUAAAUAAAUUUUAAAAUUAAUCCUUA